AUGUGCGGGCUGCGAAAUAAAUGGAAUAAGAAGGUCGGAGUUCAUCGGAUCUGUACUCAUCACAAGCUGGCGAUUCGAGACAGAUUACAGGGAAAAUGUCAGUACCUGAUUGUUGGAAACUUGAAAAUACCGAUUUCGCCUGACGGAAUUCCAAUGGUGAACUUGGCGACUGCGAUUUCAAAGACAGAAGGUGCAAACAACAACGACUCAGAUGAUGACUUAGAAAGGGGUUCCUCAGAGGAAGAGUCUGUUGACGAAGAGACAAAACGAGCUACUGGCCUUUUGAUGAUGUUUUCUUGGAGCAGAAUACCGAAGAUAGCUGGUGACAAUUACAGGCCUGCUGCAUGGAUUCCAUACAAAGAAAUUCCUGACGAAGAUCGAGCCGAGCUUGAAAGAGUUGAACGACGAAAAUCGGCGAAGAAAGUUGAAUCGCUAAGUCUGGGAGACGGCGAAAUCGCAUACCUCGUCCAUUCUGGAAGCUGCCCCGAAUUCGUCAAGCUCCGGGAGUACCCGACCUCAGAUGCUAAUUCUGACUUUCCCCUCGCUUACUCAAUGGUGCUCCAUAAAAACCCUGGUCAAGCGGAACGACUUCUCCGAGCAAUCUACUCUCCUCACAAUGUCUACUGUCUUCAUAUCGAUGCGAAAACGCCGCAAAUGGAAGUUGACGAUUUCGAAGCCCUUGCCAGCUGUUUUCCGAAUGUUUUUCUAACGAAGAAGCGAGAGAAUGUACACUGGGGAUCAUAUGAGCGAUUUCAAGCCGAUAUAAAUUGCAUGGGAGAUCUUAUUCAGGAAGAAUGGCAUAGAAAACCUCUCCCGGAUAUCAAUAUGGCUUACAGACACAAUACAUAA